UCCACUCCCUUCACCUCCCAUACCUCCCUGUCAAGCGUGCUCCGGUAUCCAGGUCAAGUCAUCAGACUAUCAGACUGCGGCUGACGCACCAUGAGGAGAGUGUUGCUCCUGGUGGCGACGGCCUUCUGCCUCUGUGUGUUUGUCGCCGCAGACACACAAGACGAGCGACAUGAGGAGAGUUUAGUUUUACAGGUGACAAAAGGAAACUUCAACAGGACACUGAGGCAACACAAGCAGCUCCUGGUGCUUUUCUAUGCUCCUCUCUCUGGUGAAGGCCGCCGUGUGUCGGAAGCUUUUGAAGGUGCUGCUGCAGAGCUUCAAGGGUCAGAGGUUAAACUUGCUGUCAUCGAUGCAACAAAGGAGAAGGACCUGGCCAAAGACCUGAAUGCCACGACUCACCCUGCUAUUAGGCUGUACCUUGCUGGGGAUAAAUACAACCCUGCCCACUGCCCACUCCCUCAGAGUUCAGCAUCCAUCAUAACCUGGCUGACACGGAGGGCGGGGUCUGUUUCUGACAUCAUCGCUGAUCUGAGCCUACUAGAGGCCUCAGAGGAGCUGACAGUGGUUGGAUUCUUUGAGAAGCUGGACCAUGAGUACGUUCAGGUGUUCUACUCUGCAGCCAUCGAGCUACCUGACAUGAACUUUGUUGUGACACAAAACCCUGAAGUUAUCACUAAAUAUGGUCGCACACAUAAUGUUGUGCUUCUGAUCAAAAAGUCUAAGCUCAUCCAGGCUUAUAAAAUGAUGCCUCAGACAUCUAAAGAGGAGCUGAUCAUCUUUAUCACCGUCUACCAGAUGGAUCCAGUCACUGAAUACACUGGAGAGACAGCUGCUCAGAUCCUAUCCUCACCUGUGUUAAACCAUGCGCUCCUGUUUAUUAAAAAAUCCUCUGCAGACUUUGUGGAAAUUCACUCUGCCUUUGACAGUGCUGCACUGGAAUUCAGGCUGCAGAUUUUGUUUGUGUUGGUGAAUGUGGAAGAGUCUCGUAAUGGACGAGUGAUGGAGUACUUCCAAGUACGAGAUUUUGAGGCCCCUCUCAUCCGAUUGGUCAACAUGACUGACCAUGUGACGUACCACCUGCCCUCUGACUCCCUGGACAAAGAAACCAUAAAAAGAUUCUGUCAGUCCUACUUAGAUGGCAAUGCUAAGCCUAAGAUGCGGAGUGAGCCAAUACCUAAGGAAUGGGACAAAAAGCCAGUGAAAGAGCUGGUGGGGAUGACUCUGGAGAAAGUUGCCUUUAACCCAAACAAGACAGUUUUCCUCCUGUUCUAUCUGCCCUACAGUCAGGAGUCCCGCGCUCUGUUCCCACUAUGGGAGGAACUUGCCAAGGCUUUGAAGGAGCGAGAGAACGUGGUCAUCGCGCGCAUCGAUGCCUCAGCGAAUGACAUCGAUAUGUCGAUGCAGGGAUCCUACCCAUCACUCUGCCUGUUUCCCGCUCUUUAUUCUGAAAGGGUGGUUGUUUACACUGGAAAAAGGAAGCUGACGGACCUGCUUACAUUUAUAGAUGAAGAGAUGGAAAAAGCCAAAAAGGAGAGAGUUAAGGAGGAUGAAGAAAGGAUGAAGUACAUGGAGGCUGCUGAGAAGGCAAAAGAUGAGCUUUAGUACAUGAACAGACCGUAAAGGGUGUGUGUUUGUGUGUGUAUAUAUCUUUGUGAGAACCAAAGAACAAAACAUAGGAAUUGAGGACAUUUUGACUGAUUUUCCCCACUUUAAAUGGUUUUCUCAGGGUUAAGACUGUGUGUGUGUGUGUGUGUUAUAGAAAGAUGGAUCUGGUUCUAUUUAUUGAACUAAACUGUUGUAAACCUCACAUUAAAGUUGGAGAUGGCUGCACAUCUUUUCAAUAUUUAA